CACUGCCUAGAUAUCUUAUUGAAGAAGUUGUUCCUUCGAUUGCACUGUCUUACUGUACUCCAUACGCUCCUUCAGCCUCGUUCAAGAUGGCAUGGAUAGUUUUCCUCUCAUUCCAAUCAAACGACAUCAUUUUCAGCGAUUGGGUCACUCUCCUUACUCUUUGCCUCGCACCAUUAAUUGCUCACAUCGCUGCUGGUGUUCCUCCUCCAAUAUACCUCCAUAGCAAUCGGCCGAGCUGGCACGACCGUAUCUGCCACUAUAAUCCCACCUCAAUCCUUUGGCGAUAUCUCGCCAUUGCGGACAGACGUCUCAGGGCAAAAUCAUGGAAUACCUUGGAUUUGGCGGCUACUAAUGCUAUCUUUUGGGAUGGACAUAAAUGGGAUGGAUCAGAAGAUAUGAUCCAAAGAAGUCGAGAUUUUUGUAUUCGAGGACCAAGCCAUCACCAUAUCGACCCACUCUCAAUGAGUACGAUUGUUACUCUUGUCGUCACUUUACAAGGUGUGCAAGCUCUGUACAGUUUGGUCCACGGUACGCAAGGGCUCUAUGCAUAUACGGUCGCUCUCAACACGAUAUUCUUUCCGCUGGCUACACUCGGCUUGUUGAGGCUGCCUGCUGCACUGUGGUUGACGACCGAUUAUGCGUACCGACACAACGAAGACUGGGAGUCUGAUACUCCUGAAAUGGGACUUCAUCCGAAUUUGGGGGUGCGUUCGAAUUCAGCACUUGUCCGACCUACUACAAACUCACUGGACGCCCCCAUUGUUCCAAAUCGCUUUCGUUCGCAUCGUGGCUGGCUAAGCAUUGCGGUCAGGGGUUUCUACCUGAUCAUGAUCACUGGACUUCUAGUUCUCUGCAUCUACAUGCUGACUGCCCCUGUUGGAACUGGGGAUGCAGAAUUCUCGGCUACCAAUCUCACCCUGAAUUUGACGUUUUUGUUCUUUCUGGCAUUCUCCACAGGGACCAUUGGCGCUUAUAUUCUUCUCGGUCGUUGCAAGACGACGAUUAUUCCCUGUAUCACAGCAACUUGGUACAAGAUCUACACGGGUAUUCUCUUCGCGGCCAUGUUCACAGUCUUCAUCAUUGCAUGUCUCGAGACUAGAAGGACACCAUGUGGCAGAUUCACUACCUAUCCGAAGACAAUUGCCAAUGAUUGGGGUGUUUGUGGGGAGUCGACGUAUGCAGAAAUAGCUGCAGAGCACGAUACAACGUCAAGCCUGCCCGUGAGUCGGACCAAUGGUACUCAGCUAUCCUACGCCGCGAUUUACUUCAAUUCGACUUAUGGCAUAGCAAUGAAUGCUGGCGAGGACGAGAUUGUGGUUAUUGCUAUUGAUGGAUGGUGUAAGAUUGAUUCUGAGAUUACCCUGGCAGAUAUAUCCAUGUUUAAGCCGACGAAUUUCUCCUUGACAGCAUGAGCUUUGGUAGUAUUUAAUGCAGCAUUUUACACGGGCAAGUCAUUAUGAAACUAUGUUGAUCAGUUAGUCUAACUUCUAUCUCAUGAUUACUGAUCGCACGUCACACCCUCGGUCAAGCGCUCUUUCCUCCU